AAUGGGGCAGAAGGUACGGCACAUAUGCCAAAUGAAGGAAGAAAUGUUGAUGUAAUUUCUAGUUUCCUGUGUUGGUCAUUCGGUAGCUCAGGCAUGUCGGCGAUAGAACUGCAACCUGCGGAGGCUUUUGUCCAACCUGGGGAUUUUUUAGUCGACACCGGUUCCUCUGGCUCGGAGGACAUUUUGGAGGAUUCUUAUUCUCCCUGCUCCAACCUCACUGUGACCUCUCAGCAGGGAAAGAUAAUCUGCUCCUCUUGCUGUCAGGAGAUAGUGGACCGAUAUCUCCUCAAGGUGAACAAUUUGUGCUGGCAUGUCCGGUGCUUGUCAUGCUGUGUGUGCAAGACAUCACUAGGGAGGCAUGUGAGCUGCUAUGUAAAAGAGAGACAAGUUUUCUGCAAACUGGACUACUUCAGGAAGUAUGGAACACGCUGUGCUCGUUGUGGCCGUAAUAUCUAUUCUACGGACUGGGUGCGGCAGGCAAGAGGCAGCACCUUCCACCUUGCUUGUUUCUGCUGCGCCACCUGUAAGCGUCAGCUGUCCACUGGGGAGGAGUGUGGACUAUUGGAGAACAGAGUCUUCUGCCGGCCCCACUAUGAUAUUAUGAUGGAGAAUAUCAAACGCUACAAAGAAAAUGAGCAAUCAAAAAUAAAUGAAGACCAGGAGGAAAAAGAUGGCUCCACCACCGUGUCCAGACCUGCUAAGCGGGCCAGAACCAGUUUUACUGUUGACCAGUUACAGGUAAUGCAAACUCAGUUUGCUCAGGACAACAACCCAGAUGCUCAGACUCUCCAGAAACUGUCAGAGAGGACUGGUCUAACCCGCAGGGUCAUUCAGGUCUGGUUUCAGAACUGCAGAGCCCGUCAAAAGAAACAUAUCACUACGAAUUCUGCCUCCAAAACAAUGACAUCACUUCCCUCUGGUCAAAUGUCACCACCUCUGACAGAUGAUUUGCAAUACAUAACUUACCUUAAUUCAGAUGUCCCUCUCCUCACCACAUUGACCUAUAUGGAUGCACAAACUCCAGACCCACUCCUACUUCAGCCUCUUAUCUCUCAUCCACUGACACAGCUGCCAGCCAGCCAUGCUUAGCCUGCACCCCACUUCUGGAGAAGUGAAUGUCAUAAUUUGUUAAACAAUUCAUUUAUUUAUUUUGCACUGUGUAUCCUUAUUUUGGUGGCAGGUCUGCUAGCUGACUUUGAGUGAGAGAAUGUGAACACCUUGGACCAUUGCAGGGUCACCACUCACCAAGAUUAGCAAUUGUUACUGUAAAGCUGAUGCUUCCUAAUGUUUCCAUGCACUGAAUAAUCCUUCGGGCACACAAAAGUUGGAAAAUAUCAGGUGUUUUUGUUUAGUGGAAUUUUGUUUAAGUAUGCGAAGUUUUAUUUGUAAAGUUUGAAAUAAGUUGCUGAGAACUAAUGUCUCGUUUCUUUUAGAUUAUUAAUUUUAAGGCUCUAAAUUUAUAGGCUGAGAUCUGUCUGAGACUACAAAGUUCACAGCCCAUGGUUUAACAGCAAAUUAAUCCUGGAACACUACGUCAUUGCCAAUUUUGUUGAGGGGUGAGACAAAUGUACAAUGAUUUAGCAAACUAAAAUUGAUUGCUACAUGCCGUUCAUGUCUUCACAUUUAUGUAUUUACACUAGGAUUCCUUCCAACAACCAAUGCACAACAAAGGGAAUAUGUUCAUUUGUCUAUUAUGAAUGCACUUUUGUAGGAUAAAAUGGAUGGUAAUACUGGGGAUUAAAGUUGAUUGACGUAUACUAUA